AUGAAGAAGCUAAUGAGAAAGCUCUCAAAGGUCACUCACUCAACCCAAUACUCAAUCCUCCUACCAAACUCACCAAAACCCAGAUCGGACAUCGUACCAGCAGGCCACUUCCCUGUGUAUGUUGGUCUAGAUCAAGACACAACAGAGAGGUUCAUUGUUAAUGCUGAACUGCUACACCAUCCUUUGUUUAUUGAGCUCCUACACAGAUCAGCACAAGAAUAUGGGUAUGAUCAAAGAGGGGUUUUGAGGAUUCCUGUUAACGUUGUUGUUUUUGAAAGGGUUCUUGAAUCGGUGAAACUUGGUGAAGGUUACUCUCGUCUUGAUGAACUCAUCGACUAG